CUCAUGUUUACGUGGAAAACAUGGCGGCGGACUGCCACCAACAAGGAGACAGCUCCUAGACAGGCGUGAUUUUGACAGGGAGCUUUGAGCUAAACAAGGAUAUUGAGCACUUAGCUCUUGGAGAUCUAGUCGUAUGAAGCAAGUUGUCUUUUAUUCCAGCCACAGGGUCAGCGGAGAUGGAAGACGAGGAGAGGCAAAAGAAGCUGGAGGCCGGCAAAGCAAAGUUGGCUGAAUAUCGGCAGAGAAAAGCUCACGCGGACUCCCAGAAGAAACAGAAGAAGAAGAAAAAGAAGACUGCAGAGGGGGACUCAGAGGGGGACUCUUUGGGGAGGACAGAGAGCAAGUUGAACCGGACACUGGGGGGAGACGAGCCCACUGUCCCUGGAGUCGAUGGAGGGGACAGAACACACCCUCCCACCACAGAGUUCUCCCUCACCAAGACUCUGCGCAGUGGAGAGACGGUCAAACAUGAUCAGACGUACACCAUAGAGCCCGAGAGUGAGGUUUCAACAACUGCAGAAGAUUAUUCCUCUGAGGUCAAUGGGUGCCACGAGAUGACUUUGAAUGUAUCGCUGUCUUCGAAGGAGUUUAUUUGGGAGGAGGUAGAUGCGAUGGAUCAGAUGACAAGCGGGGGCUCGUUGCAGGAAGUGGAGGAUAUUUUGGCAGAGAAGUCCAGAGAGGUGGAGAAGCUGAACCGAGAGCUGGAGGAGAUGAGGAGUGCCUUUGGAGCAGAUGGGGUGCAGCAGCUCCAAGACUUUGAGGCAGCCUUGAAACAACGCGACGGCAUCAUCACUCAGCUGACAGCCAACCUGCAGCAAGCGCGAGAAGAGAAGGAUGAGAUCAUGAAGGAGUUUCUGGAGCUGACGGAGCAGAGCCAGAAACUACAAAUUCAGUUUCAGCAGCUCCAGGCUGGAGAGAGUCUGAGGAACAGCAGCCACAGCAACACCGCGGCCGACCUGCUCCAGGCCCGACAACAGCUCCUCCAGCUCCAGCAACAGCUCCAAGAACAGGCCCAAGAGCGGGACAAAGAGCAGGACAAAGAGAGAGAGAGAGCGAGGGAGAGAGAGAGGGAGGAGGCCCAGAGCAGAGAGGACACAGAGACCAUCAGCCGUCUGCAGCAGAGGAUCAAUGACAUGGGGAUGGAAAAGAUUAGAGCAGAGGAGUGCCUAAAUGAGAAAGACUUGCUGAUCGCGGAACAAGAAAAGACUAUUUUGAAUCAGGAACAAUCGUUGAAAGAAUUGAGAAUGUCCGAGGAAUCAUUUGCACAAACUCUGAAAGAGAAAACCCAGUUACUACUUGAACAAAGUGCAAUAAUUUCUGAACAUGAGCAAUCACUGAGUCUGCUUCGUGAAGAACUGUCACGAGCUGCAGGUGAAAAUAAUAUGCAACAGACAGAUGAGAAAGACCAGAUCAUAGCUGAAAAAGAGAGGGUCAUUAUUGAACGGGAUUAUACUAUUACUGAACUGGAGGAUGAGUUGGAGUCUUCGCAAAAACGCCUUCAUAGCCUCAGUCAGCAAAUGGCCACGAAGGGUGUAGAGCUGGAGCGAUGCCUUGAAACUUUGGAGAGCACUAAGUCAGACCUGGAAAGCUGCAAAAAUGAAUUGAAUAAUUGCAAAUUGGAUCUAGAAAAAGAGCACUGCGAGUUAGAACGCUUUAAGAAUGAGCUAUCGCUGUCUAAACAAAAGGAGCGGAUGUCUUCAGAUGAGAUUAUGCAGCUUAUGGGAACGGUUGAGGAUCUGCAGAAGCGCUGUCACAAGGGAAGUUUGUCAGAAAACGAAACGAUUCAAAAAAUGCAAGAGGACGCAGAGAGGAAACUGGAAGUCCUCAGAGCAGAGCUGGAUGAGAUGUAUGGACAGCAGAUAGUACAGAUGAAGGUGGAGCUGAACUUGCAAAACGCUGAAAGAAUUGAGCAAAUAAACCAGCAGCAUCAAGUUGAAAUCGAACUUCUCAAAACGCAAUAUUUGUCUGAAACUUUGUCUGCUAGCACUAGUGAAAAAGAGGCGCUUAAUGGUCAAAUUAAGCAGCUUCAAGACACAAUAGAGCAAUCACGUGUAAUUCAUAAUAAAACCGUACAAGAGCUAAACAAAGUCACUAAAGAAAAUCUAAACCUCCAGGAAAAGGUUGAUGGCCUCUUGCAAGACCUUAAAUUUGCGAAAGAACAAGUAGAGCUGGUAUCUCACAAUGCAGUCUCUCAGGAAAGCCAUAAAUUGCAACUUCUUCAGGAGACAAUCGACAAUCUGAAACGCCAACUUGAAACUGCUCAGGAAACUGCACAAGAGAUGCAAGAAAAGUAUGAAUCGGAAACAACUAAUUACAAAAUUAAGCUAGAAAUGUUGGAACGGGAGAAGGACGAGGUACUUGAUCGGAUGGCGGAGUCGCAGGAAGCAGAGUUGGAGAGACUCAGGACUCAGCUUUUGUUUAGUCAUGAAGAAGAGCUUACGAAUCUAAGAGAGGACUUGCAAAGGGAGAGCUUUCUGAAUACUGAAAAUCUCCUUAACGAAGCUGCUAUCACACAUGAAAAAGCGCUCGACGAUUUGAGAAUCAGUUACGAUGAAAAAGUGAAUUUGUUACAACAAGAAAACGAAAAUGUUGCCACCGAACGUGAUGAACUUUUGCACCAAAUUUUAGAGCUAAAGGAGGAUUUGAAUGUGGCACUGCACAGCUCUAAAGCAGAUGAAUUGGUGCAGCAGUUGCAAGAGUUACAGACAGAGAUUGAGGAGCUAAGGAAAGGAGGGGAGAAGAGGAUAAGUCUGGAUAAUGAAAUAAGAGGUUUACAAGAAAAGAUAGAAGCACUCGAAAAACAAGCAAAAGAAAAUAAACAGAUGUGGGAUAAUGCAUUGAAAGAGCGACAGACUGAAAUCGAGAUUUUGAACAUGUCUAACAAAGCUUUGAAAGAAGAAAUGGAUUUGAAAUUGAAAGACAUUGAAAACAUUACAGCAGAGAAAAACAGAUAUCAGCAACAAGUGGUCACACUCAAAGACGAGAUGGAGAAGCAGAGCACAACGUUUUCUUUUGCAGAGAAAAAUUUUGAAGUGAACUAUCAAGAGCUGAAGGACGAGUACACGUGUCUAGUUGAAGCAAAGACGAAACUAGAGGAGCAAAAGAUACUAGAGACACUGGAGCUGGAGGCAAAAAUCUCCAGCCUUGAAGCGCAGAUUCAAAAGAUGGAGGACAGAGUUAGUGAAAUUAAAAUGGACGAGGGGAAAAUCGUUGUUGAAAAGGACACUACUGAGUUAAUGGAGAAGCUUAAUUUUACCUUAAUUGAGAAGGAGAGCUUGACAGGGAGGCUACAUGAGGUUAUGGAGCAACUGGCAACAGCAGAGGGCAAAGUGGGGUGUUUGGAGGAAGAGCUGAUCAAAGUAAAACAGGAAAACGCAAAGGUCAUCGCUCAAAAUGAAAACCUCGGCAAAGAGAUUAAGAAAACCCAUGAAAACACCGCUACUAUUUUUAAUGCGGACAGUCAGCAGCUUCGGGGUGAAAUACAAACUCUUCAAUCACUAUUACGAGAGACUGAAGAGGAGAGGGAUAAAAUUCGGCAAACACUGGAGCUCCAAAGGGUAUCGCAAACCCCAUCUCUUGGGGCUUUGGGGGAGGAGGGUCUUGUAGUAAAGGGACCAUCCUCUACACGCAAGUCCGCAGCCGCCUCCGGGUCGAACAGGCGUAAAAGGAGGCAGAGGAACAAGCAAAACCAGGGCGGUGUGGUUCGCAGCAGUAGAGAGGAGAGAGAGGACGAAGAGGAGGAGGGAGGUACACCAGCGGAGGGAGCUACAAGUGCUGCAGAGCCCAGAGAGCAGUCUGCUGUUGUUAUGUCAUGCACACACGAGCCGAUCGCUAAGGAGGACGAGUCAGAUGAGAGCCAGGGAGACGCAGCAAAGCACGGCAGCAAACAGGUGACCAGGCAUGGGAUGAGACAUCGCACUCAGCCUCAGAUGCGUCAUGGUGCUGAAGAAGUGGUACAGUCUGCAGACCAUGGCGAGUGCAGACUGCGUCUGGAGGCCCAGCACCUCAGCUUGUCUCAGAUUCAUGCUGCACAACUGGAGCUUCUACAGGAGGAGGCACAAACCAAAGCUGUGGAAAUCAGCCUUCAAAAAGAUCAGCGUGAUCAGGCUGCUCCAAGGCUGUCCAAAUACCAGAACAUGGUUAAAGCUGUGUCUGAGGAAUGCAGAGAAAUCAUUUUGUCCUUUCAGAAAAUGUUUGGUGAAGACUUUUCAGACAAAGCCAUUGUUGAAGAAACUCAUCCUGUUUCUUCAAAUGAGAGACCUGAAACUAGUGAAUCUUUAUCUGUUAUACACGAUGCCAGAGAGUUGUACAGAGAUCUGCAGCAGGUCAGGGACAGCAUUGAGCAGGAGCACCAUCGACUUUCGAAGCUCCAGACUCUGCUCAGGGCUGAUGGGAGCAAGAUGAUGGAGCUGCAAAGUGCGUAUGAUAAUCUGAAGAGCAGCACUGACAAAGAGAUAUCAAACCUGCGUCUCCAGGUCUCCAGUGUCAGUUCAAACUUAAGCAAAGAUCUGAGUGAGCAAGCACACUCCGCUGCCGCUGUAACGUCUACCUCCCAAACCUCUUCGGAAAUUCAAAUGCUCAAAGUUGAAGCCCAACAGAAGCAGAAGCAACUUGAACACAGUCACAGACAAGAAGUGGAGAGACUCAGGGCCCACUACCAACAACAAGCGGCCGAGACAGAGGAGAGGUACGCUACUGAGCUAUUCAUGCUCCAGCAGAGGCUACAAGAGGUCAACGCUGCGCCCAGCCACUUCAGUUCAUCAACAGAGGCCAGCGGUUUUGACAAACAUGAGCAGCUCAAGGAGGUUGAAGAGGAGUUUUCGGAGGGAGGGUGGACCACUACUGCACAGCUACAGUCACUGAAGAAGGCACUGCAGCAGAAGUAUGUCCAGGAAGUAGAGACUCUGAAAGAGCAGCACCGCGCAGAGCUGAGGAGACUGACCAAAGAGGAGGGGCGAGGGGCGAGAGGAGAGGAACAAAGCAUCUCUGGACUGGAACCACAACACUGGGAGAGAGUGGAGGAGGAAGUUGCCAAGGCCAUAGUUCAGAUGUCGGUGGAGUUCGCACAGAAGACUGAACUGGCUCGUCUCAGUAAAGACUUGGGUCAAGCCAGCAGCUCAAUGCAAACUGAAGAAGACGAGGAAGAGGAGGAGACUCCACGAGCCUCUGUCACCGGAGACUGGGCCGAAUCUGAGCGAGACCAGCUACAGCUCGAGAUACAACAACGAGAUGCAGAAAUAGAAAAGCUGCGAGAUCAACUCCAGAAAGCAGAGAGAGCACUGAAUCAGGUUAGUGCUCUGAAGCAGGGAGAAGAUGAGGGAGAAGUUCUUGUGGAGGAGGCAGUGGUUUCGUCUGCUGCCAAAACAACACAUGCACCAAGAUCACAAGAGGAUGAACAGGAGGACGAAAGGGCACUGUUGCUCAGAGCCAAUGAGCAGCUCAGUCAGGUUCUGGUGGAUGUCUUGACGACCACAUCUGCAGCCGAGAAAACUCUGGGCCUCCAUCUUCAGACUCUGACAAAGGCUUCCAGCACAGAAAGAGUUAAACAUGCAACAGGCAAUGGUUUGGGCAGUGAGUCCGGUGCAGAUGAGGAGACCUUUCCGUUUGUGGAGGUGGAAGUAGAGGAGGAUCUGGAGAUGUUACAGCACAUGGACCGUCUGCUGCAAGGAGCCGCCUCACAGCUGGAAAACCAGGAAUAUCUCACCAACAUCAGCACACGCCUCCAGAAUGCACUUGAAAAGAUGCUGAUGGCCAUAACCAACGCCACUGACCAGCUGGAACAUGCAAAGCUGACACAGACGGAGCUGAUGCGGGAGUCAUUCAGACACAACCAGGAGAUGAGCGAACUAUUGCAGCGCCAGGAUGAGCUGCAGGAGCGUCUGUCGGAGGAGGCCCGAGCACGGGAACAGCUGGCUUUGGAGCUGCACCGGGCUGAGGGUGUGAUUGAUGGCUACACGGGUGAACGGGCUGCACUGGAGGAGCAACUACGUCAAAAAGAAGAGCUACUACUGAGUCUGGAGCAGGAGUUAGAGGUGACCAGCUCUCGGCUGCACGAGCUGGAGCAGGAGCGACUUCAGUUGCAGGAGGAGAGGGAGUUGAUGUCACGACAACAGGAGGCCAUGAGGGAGGAAGCGGGGCCCCGAGAGCUACGCCUAGUUGAAGCUGCAAUGGUUGCAGCUCCAGAAGCAGAUUUGUUGGAGGAGACAGAGAAGCUGAUGCAGGAGAAGGUGGAGGUGCAGCGUCAGGCGGAGAAGCAGAGCUCAGACCUCCUGAAGCAGGUGAAGCUUCUGGAGGCGGAGCUGGAGGAGCAGGUUACCCGGGUGAUGGACCUGGAGCAGACUCAGAGCAGUGAGACCGCUGACCUGCAGCAGCAGAUCCAAGCACUGGAGAAACAACUUGACAAGAACAGGAGGUUUCUAGAUGAACAAGCCGUGGACCGGGAACACGAGAGGGACUUCUUCCAGACUGAGAUUCAGAAACUGGAGGAUCAGCUGAAGUCAUCUCAGAAGCCUCAGUCUGGCUCUGAGCAAAGAAACCUGGAGGUGGAACAGCUAAGCGCACAGCUCAAGGAGAAGGCAGACUGGUGCAGUGAGCUGCUGCUGAGCUCGGAGCAGCUGCAGCGAGACCUGAGCGAGCGCGACGAGGAGAUUGACAAGCUGGAGAGCCGCAUACGCGAGCUGGAGCAGGCCCUGCUGGCCAGCACAGAGUCCCUCGAGGUUGAACAAAAGAAGCACCAUGCACCCAUCACAGAGGCCAGGCAUCCGAGUCUGGAGGCUCAGCUCCAAACUGAGAGGGAGGCUUUGGAGAGAAAAGAGAAGGAGAUCUGUAACCUGGAGGAGCAGCUGGAGCAGUUCAAAGAGGAGCUGGAGAACAAGAGUGAGGAGCUGCAGCAGCUCCAGAUGCAGCUGGAGAUUCAGAGGAAAGAGAUCGACAGCCAACAGCAAGACCUUGACACUAGGGACAGUCUGCUCCAGGUGGUGGAGGAGAAGGACAGGGAAAUAGCACUUCUUAAUGAACAGAUCUCUAAACUUCAACACACGGACACUGCCUCUGAUAAUAAGGAAAUGGAUGAGAGAGAUGAGGUGGUCAGAGACUUGGAGUCGCAGGUGGAGUGCCUCAGGAGUGAACAACAGCGUCUUAAAAGAGACCAUGCAGAGGAAAUGGACCAGCUCAACGCCGUCAUAGACAAACUACAGCAGGAUCUGGCCAACAUCGAGCAGAAAACAGGAGCAGUGGAAGACUAUGAAGAAGACAAGGAUUUACCAGGAAGACCAACAAGUGAGGAGUAUGAUGAAGUUAAGCAGAAAAUGGACUCCGCCACCAAAGAGCUUGAUACUCUCAAAUCUGAACAUGGUAAACUUUUGGACACGUAUCUGCGCUUGAAAGAAAGUGCCAAAGCUUUAGCCGAAUCAGAAAAAGCAGAAAAUUCUGAAAGUUCUGAAAUUGAACUGGAAGAUGUUCUCAGGGAAAAGACAGCGGCUCUUGUGGUAAUGCAGGCACAGGUGCAGGCCCUAGAGCAGAGUGCCACCUACAAAGUGGAGGAGUUGGACAGACGAAUACAUGAAUUGCAGGAUUUAGUAGAGGAAAGAGAUAAUGAGUUGAGUCGCUGCCGCCUCCUAGUGGAGCAAACACAAAACUACGCAGAUGGGCUUCAAGAAAAGAUUUAUAAAUUAGAGGAAAAUCUAAGGGACAAAGUGGCAUCAGCGCUGGUCAGCCAAGCCACUCUUGAGGCCUUCCAACAGCAGCAAUCUCCUCAACCCAAACACCAGCCUGUAGUCUAUGAUUUUGGUAGCUUCAAUAUCCCACACAUGGACUUCAGUGGGUAUAGUCAGACCAGAGGGGGUUCCACAGGCAGGGUGGUCCAUCUAACAGAGAAACUGAGAGAGCUGGAAGUUGGUCUGAGUGGGAUGCAAAAGGACCAGGAGCUGCAGAACCAGCUUCUGUCCAGUUCAGAGGAAGAUGUCUUGGAGUAUGAGCGCAGACUGGCCCUGCUCAUGGAUCUGCUCAGCCAGAUGAAGUCCGGAGCCUCCCACAGAUCUGCACCAAUGUUACAGCAGACCGCUUCACCCCCUGCUGACCAGCACUCUGAGGCCAAGCGGCUUCAGGAGGUCCGAGAUGAAGCGUCACUCACCAAAGAACAACUCGAGAGCAGCAGCCACAUCCAGGACCAGCUCAUUGAGAAAACUUUAGCAAUACAGAGACUUGAGGAGCAACUUCAAAUGAUGUCUUCAAACAGCGAUGAGGGGGCCAGGAUCUCUGAACUUCAACAAGAACUCAAAGAGGCUCAAAGUGAAGCUUCUGUCGCCAAAGUAGAGCUUAGCAGCUGCAAGGACAGCCUGGACAAGCUACAGGAACUGUUACAGGAGCGGGAAAUGACCAUAGCUCAGCUCAAAGGAGAGCUUUUCCAAGCCUCUUCAAAAAGUGGUGAGGAGUCCAGGGCGUCGGAGCUCCAGCAACAGCUUAAAGAGGCUCAAAGUGAAGCUUCUGUCGCCAAAGAAGAACUGAGCAGCUGCAAAGAGAGUGUGGACAAGUUACAGGAGCUGUUGCAGGAGCGGGAAAUGACCAUAGCCCAACUUAAAGCAGAGCUCUUCCAAGUUAAAGCAGAUGAGGACAGAGACAGCUUUACAGAGGUCUUUCACAAUCUUGAGGAAGCGACAAAAACUGCAGCUUCCACCAAAGAAGAACUCAACAACAUGAAGCAGCAAAAUAUUGAACUGGAGGAUGAACUUAAGUCUAGUGAAGUUGCUAUUUCCCAACUAAAAGAGCAACUCCAAGAGGUCAGGAAUAAUAUGGAAAAUACCAAAGAAGAACUAAUCGGCUACAAAGAACAAAACACAAAACUACAAAAUGAAGCCAGUGAGCGCGAGAGUUUGAUUUCAAGUCUCAAAGUGGAAUUACAGGAAGCGCACACAGCUUUAGUUAAACAAACAGACAUCUCAUCUCCUCCUUCACCAUCUCCUUCUCCCCAACCACCCUCCUCUUCCUCCUCCAUCUCUCAGUCCAAAAAGAAAGGGGUGAAACAGUCUGCACCAAAAGGCAGCAGCGCCAAAGACAAGCCUUCUCUCUCUAGGAAAAACUCCUCUUCUAGUCACUCAUCUCACAAGUCGCACAGCCUACGGUCCUAUGGCAGCAUGGAGCAACAUCAUGCUAUAGACGCAUUUACGCAAACAGAAAAUCUACAAAUAUCCAAUCAAGGCACAGUUGAGUCUUGCGAGACUAAAGAUGAGAUGGAAGAGGUGAUUGGGAAUUUUCAGGAAAAGAUUGAACAAAUGCAGGAACUUCACGCUGCCGAAAUAUUGGACAUGGAGUCGAGGCACAUUGCAGAAAGUGAGAAUCUGCGGCGGGACACACAAGCGCUAGAGGACGAAUGCAAGGCACUAAAGUCUGUCAUUGAAAAGCUGCGAUCAUCAAAUGAGGCUUCCUCAGUAAAACUAGAGCGUUCUGCAUCCCAGUUCAAAGAUGGUUACACCAGCGACAGUAGUUCUGACUUCAGCCAGCGGACAGGAUAUGACCUCCCCAGUCUCCAGCAUGAGUACAGGACAACUCCAGAGGGUGCAAGGAGAGACAAUGACGAAACGUUACCAGACCGAAUUAAGACGUUGCUCCGUGAGGUUCACCAGGAGGGCAUGCAGGUCCUGUCCUUGUCUGAGCUGCCCCUUUCUGAAGCUGAUCCCAGCGCUCAGUUCAAUGUCCAGGGCUGGGCCAAGGAAAGGGAUGCCCUUCUGUCCACUGUGGAGUCUCUGAAAGGCCUCAUCACCUCAAUGCAGACACACACAGAAUCACAGACAUCUGGGGGUGUGGACUGGCGCGGGCAGUUGCUGGAAGCUGUGCAGAAGGUUUUUCAAAAUGAGAGAAGUGUUUUGAAAAACACUUUGUACAGCCAACUAGACCUCCUGGACACCAGUGACGCCAUCAUCCACCUCAAUCAGCUUGAGCAGCGUCUGGCCGAGCAGGAUGCUCAACAAAGGGAGGCGAUUGGGUUGCUCCAUAGCUCUGACCGGUCCAGUCUGCUCUCUGAAAUCCACUAUUUGCAAAGUCAAAUGGAGAGGCUUAAUCAAGGUGGUGACUCUGCUGCUGUGUUAGGCGCUGAGUUAAGUCUGAAGGAGCAAACUGAGGCAGAGGGCGAACGGGUGCUGGUGGAGGACCUGAAAACUGAACUGUCCCAAACAAAAUUGGAAUUGGAGACUACACUGAAGGCCCAGCACAAACACAUCAAAGAACUGGACACACUAAGGGCGGAGGUGUCGCAGAAGGCCUCCGAGGUGGAUGCCCUGAGUGACCAGCUGAUCGAGGAGAAGAAGAAAAGCAGAGAGCUGCAGUGGGCCAUGGAGAAAGAGCGCUGUAGAACCGGGAGGGACGAAGAAAAUAAACGAGAGGAGCUGGAGGACCUUCAAUUGGACCUUGAGGAGCAGAGGGCCCUGGUGUCCCGGCUUACCUCUGAGUUGGAGCAGCAGCGCCAGACCUCCGCUCAGUCGUCACAACAGCUCGAACAGGAGCGCCUCAGCCUCCAGAGACACCUCCAGGAGCUCCAGGUGCAGCUAGACACGGAGCGAGCCAAAGCCCAAGAGAUGAGCUCUGCCCUGGGCCGCGAAAGGGAGCUGCGCAGGGGUGGGUCCGCAGAUAGUGGUGGUCCUGUUACUGGAGAAGGAGGAGAGGAGAAGAGAGGCGGUACAGAGGAGGAUGAAAAUAUACUGGAUAGACUGCAAAAAGAGCUGGAUGACAAACACGCACAGGUGGUCCAACUCCUGGGUCAAGUUGAGGUGCAGAAACUUGAGGUGGUGCGUAAAGAUGAGGAGUUGACUUUGGUGAAACAGCGGUCGACCCGGGACCACGAGGCUCUGCUGGAGGCUCAGGCCCAACUAGAAAAGCUCAAAUCCCAAAUGAGACAGACCCAAGAGCAGCUGGACAGAGAGGUGCAGAGGGGCAAGCACCUGGAGGAGCAGAGGAGCAGACUGGAGCAGAGGCUGGGGAGAGGAGAGGACACAGGAGACAGGCCGGGACCUAUGCAAGCUGAGGGCCAUACUACCCAGUGGGAGAGUGAGACCUCAGACCGGACUAAGGACUGGGUGAUGCAGCAGAAGACCUCGAGUCCAUCCUCUCAUCUUGACUUGACUGGACCUGGUACCAGCUCAGGUCUGCACCACGGGCCCUGGCGCACUGUUGACAGCGUCCUGGGAAAGCUCCACCUGGUGUCCUCCAAGGUCCACAGCCUCGCCAACAAGGCUGCUGGAAGACCCACAUCUGAGGUCGACACUGAAGAGCUGUCCUGGGUUCAGUCCAACAUUGAUGAGGUUAUUUCAAUGUUAAAACAGUCCCCAGGUCUCCCCCCUCUCCCAGAGAGCUCGUUGUUGGCAGGCGGCUCCAGCUCCCUCACAGAGCGACUGCUGAGGCAGAAUGCAGAGCUCACUGGAUUUGUCAGCCGUUUGACCGAAGAGAAGAACGACCUGAGGAACCAGAUGCUCCGACUGGAGGAGGAGCUACGGAGAUACAGGCACAGCGCAAUGGGCUCCACGGACGCUUCGAGCAGCAGGAGAGGAGGGUCGCAGGGGGACAGCACCAGUUUGCUGCUCUCACAGGAACGUGAGACCUGGACCAGAGAAAGAGCCCGACUUGAGAAAGCCCUACAUCAGGCUCAGAGUCAGAUAGCCCGACUCAAAACUGAAGUCAGAACUGAAACACUGAGAGAGAUCAGUGGACCAGAGGCUGACAAUGCUGCACUAAAGAGGAUGUAUGGGAGGUACUUGAGGUCCGAGAGUUUCCGUAAAGCUCUGGUCUAUCAGAAGAAGUACCUGCUUCUGCUGUUGGGAGGGUUCCAGGAGUGCGAGGAGGCCACUUUGACACUCUUGUCCCGGAUGGGCGGACGUCCUGCUCUGUCCGGGCUUGAGUCUUUCAGCCAGCGCCGCAAAGGGCUCACUCGCUUCAGAUCUGCUGUCAGGGUCUCUAUCGCCCUCUCCAGGAUGCGUUUUCUUGUGAAGAGGUGGCACAAAGCGACUGGGAUGAGCAGCUCACCAUCGCCCACAGUCACUAAAAAUGGAUUAGGUCAAACCUUAGAUACUGAUGUGAGAGACUCGCCUUACCUUCGCCCAGGCAGCGUAGAAAUGUAUAGGGACAGGGACAGAGACAGAGGAGGAGUUUCGAGUAGCCGAGGCCGCAGUGGAAGAGAAUCCCCCCGAUCAGCUGUUUCCUCUGCUCAACACAGGUACCACAUGUCCGGGGAGCAUGGCCCUCUCACCUGUUCUCAUCUCCAAAACUACGAUCCGGAUCGAGCACUCACAGAUUACAUCUCCAGACUGGAGGCUCUGCAGAGGAGGCUGGGGAGUGUCACUUCAGGUGCUUCUUCUUCAUAUGCUCAAUUGCACUUUGGUUUGAGGAGGUAGAUGCUGGGAGGUUACUUUGGCUUGAAGAAACUCAGUUGCCUUUUCGUGUGCUGAGCGCUCUGCUGUUUUCUACCAUUCUGCUGUCGACUGUACUUUCAUGUGGACCAAAACACAUUUUUUAUUAUUGUACGAUUUGUUGUUAUCAGGCUUUUUGUCGCCAGCACUUGAAAAAAAACGGCUAUGUUUGUAAUGAAAUCUGCCUCUCUGUUGUGGAUGAUCAGUCAUGUAUAUUUGUCUACUGCUAAUUUAAGACUUGUGAUUAAUUUAUACGUAUGUUUUUGCUGAAUGGGUGGAGCGUUCUGUUGAGAGUGGAUGGGUUUACUGUCAUGGAGGCUGCUACUGGAUCUUCACUACACUGUGUUUUGUUUAGGUCGGACAGAGGACAUUUGUAGAGAACGUAUUUUUGUAAAGCCCAGGACCUACGAAUUUUUGGGGUAUUUUGUCAAAAACUGAAUUAAAGAGGAAUACACUAUCUUAAAA